AUGAGGAGCUUUUUGUCAAAUUUAAAUCUCUACAAUCAGCCAACGCAUACAGUGCAAGAUGAAUCAAACGAGCUUUAUCAGCAGGAAUUGAAUUUAUGGAAGAGUGUAGAUUUUUCGUUUGAUGAAGUUCCUGGUCAAGCUUUACUGGACGAUCCGAACAAAAAGCAAAGAUUGUCGGAUGUAGAUCCGUUCGCGAAAUAUCAAGAAAGAAACAGUCUUGACUAUUCUAAUGUCUCGAACAUGCAGCCAAUCGGACAUAAUACCCGUCAAUUUCCUCGUUUGUCGCACUCCGAACUGAAGGAGGUACAACUAUAUCAAUCGCAACCAGUUGGAAGCAUAUUCUACAAGCAUCGUAAUUCUAGCACGAAGAAGGACUCCCAAGUGCAUCUGGAAAGGCUCAAACAAUCCGCGCAACUUUCCGACAAAGAAGACAAUCCGUUUAGAGAUCUCGGUGACAAAGAAGAAGUUACUAGAGGUAGAAAGAGAUUUAAGUAUUAG